AUGGCAGCUCCCACCCAGCUUGCUUACCGUACGGUCAAGGGCAUUGGCAUCUUGGAUGCGGCCCCAGUUUAUGAACCUUUGUCGGGGUUCGAAAGACCCGAAGGAAACAUUCGCUGUAGCGCUUACUCUCCCUGCGGCCGGUAUUUCGCAUGGGCAUCCCCAGAGAAGUUGUCUACUAGGGUCACCAUCAUCGAUCCUUCUGUCGGACAUGUGGUCUCGACCAUCGCUGCCGAUAACGUUUUCGAGCUGGGAUUCUCGCCCCUCGGAACCUACCUGAUCACCUGGCAACGCCCUUCCAAGGAUGCCAAUGGCGAUGCGGUCAAGAACCUGAAGGUCUGGCAGGUCGUGCAGUCGUCCGAGAACGGUGACGUGCAUACGCCUGUGGGCAACUUCGUCCAGAAGUCGCAGACCGGCUGGAACCUUCAAUACACCUCCGACGAGCGUUACUGUGCCCGGGUCGUCACCAACGAAGUCCAGUUCUACCAGAGCGAGAACCUGUCUCAGGUCUGGAACAAGUUGCGUGUGGAGGGGGUUGCGGACUUUGCGGUCGCUCCUGGCAAGAACCACUCUGUGGCUGUCUUCAUUCCUGAGCGCAAGGGACAACCCGCUGCUGUCAAGGUCUUUUUGGUGCCUCAGUUUGGAUCCCCCGUCUCGCAGAAGACCUUCUUCAAGGGCGACAAGGUCCAGCUCAAGUGGAACGAGCAGGGUACCACCGUAAUCGUGCUUGCGCAGACGGACGUGGAUCGGUCGGGCAAGAGUUACUACGGCGAGACCACCCUCUACCUGCUCAGUGCUGGUGGUGGCUUCGACUCUCGUGUGGACUUGGAUAAGGAGGGACCUAUUCACGAUGUGACCUGGUCUCCUAACUCCAAGGAGUUCGGUGUGGUGUAUGGCUACAUGCCCGCGAAGACCACCAUCUUCAACUUCCGCGGUGUGCCUAAGCACACUUUCGCUUUGGCCCCUCGGAACACCAUCCUCUUCUCGCCCCACGGACGGUUCGUGCUGGUGGCUGGUUUCGGUAACUUGGCCGGUCAGAUGGACAUCUACGAUAUGGACAAGAACUUCCACAAGAUCGCCACCGUCGAAGCCUCCAACGCCAGUGUCUGCAACUGGUCCCCCGACGGCCAGUAUAUCCUGACGGCCACAACCAGCCCACGUCUCCGAGUCGACAAUGGCAUCCGUCUCUGGCAUGUCAGCGGUGCUUUGAUGUACAACGAGGACAUGAACGAGCUCUACGAUGUGUGCUGGCGCCCCCAGUCGCUGAUCCAGCACCCCCUCGGCGAUCCGUUCAGCCCGCUUCCGACCCCCCACCCCUCCGCAGUGGCGUACCUGAGCACCAGAAAGGCUCCGGUCAAGCCGGCCGGUGCGUACCGGCCUCCCGGUGCCCGUGGCCAGCUUACCCCUCUCGCCUUCAAGCGCGAGGACCAGGGCGGCGCGGUCUUUAUCCGGGAUGGCGCCAGUGGCGGUGCUACCGUUCACACCACGAACGGAUUUGGCCGGACGCGCAGACGUGAGGUGCCGGGUGCUGAGCCGGCCGAGGAAUUCCUUCCUCCGGGAGCCGCUCCUGGAGCGGCGGCGGCGGCAGCAGCCGAUGCGAGCGGUGCUCACUCCGCGCAGGACAAGAAGAUCCGUGGACUUUUGAAGAAGAUCCGCGCGAUCGACGAGCUGAAAAUGCGCCUUGCCGGUGGAGAGAAGCUCGAGGAUACGCAGAUGAAGAAGAUCCAGACUGAAGAGUCGGUACGCAAAGAGCUCGAAGGUUUGGGCUACAGUGGAUAG